AUGAGUUUUAUGAAUGCCCAGUUGGUGCCUGUAACUAGCAGCCAAGAGUCAGUAAUACCAGCAGCACCCGUCUCCGAUGAUCAGGGCAACUCUGUGGAACAAUCAUCCAGUGAGGAGGAGGAAGACGGUGACCAUGACGGAGGCUGGAUUACACCCAGUAACAUCAAACAGAUUCAGCAGGACUCUGGUACGCGAGAGGCUCCGGUUAAUGUAGUGGUCGGCUGCUUGACUACAGAUUUUGCUAUGCAGAACCUUCUCAUACAGAUGGGACUCCAUGUGUUGUCCGUGGAUGGGAUGCUCAUCCGCCAGACCAGAAACUACAUCUUGCGCUGCCAUGGCUGUUUCAAGACCAGUUCAGACAUGACUAAGUCCUUCUGUCCACACUGUGGAAAUAUGACUCUGAAGAAGGUGGCUGUGUCCGUGAAUGAGGAUGGCAGCUUGCAGAUGCAUUUCUCCCGGAAUCCCAAAGUACUCAACACUUGUGGGAUGAGGUACUCGCUGCCAACCCCACAAGGCGGAAAACACGCCUCAAACCCACACUUGGUUUUGGACCAGAAUUUCCCCCAGCAACGUCUCUCCAAGAAGGCAAGAGCCAAAACAGAUGUGUUCAACCCAGACUACAUUGCCGGAGCUUCGCCCUUUGCAGAAAACGACAUUUACAGCCGCGCUGCCAACCUGAAUAUCCGAGAUGGAGCGUCAGGAGCAGGGCGCAGGCGGGUGAACCCCAACGCUCCCAGGAUAAAGUGUGUGAAGAAGAGAUGAGGAACAUGUUUCAGGAUAUAUUUAUUUGAAGGUGCUUGUCAUCAGUCUGGGCAGCAGUGGAAGAUCAUGCCUCUGUGAGGAAAUGACAACGUAUAAAGGCAGGAGCCGUGUUACAGGUGUAUAAAUGAGAUGCCGUUGCUGAAGCUGUGUUCAUGAGGCAGGAAGUAAACGCCCUCUUUAGUUCUGUCUACUACAGCCUCCGCCAGUCUCACCCUAGUGACCAUAUGUCUAAUAGGGGGGCGGGGAGAGGGAUGUACUAAAAGGAUGAUCACAGAAAGGGAUGAUCGGGAUGAUUGCCUGUAGUU